AUGAACGUUCGCAAGAAAUUCUGCUGGGAAAUAACAAUCCAACCCAACAUCCUCCUUCUGAAAACCUUUGGAUUUUGGCCUAAAGAUGAUGAAGCCUUUAAACUAGAUUUUUACGCAGUACGUACCAUAAUUCUCGUUACAAUAUUUUUUCCAGUACCAUUGUUUACGCAAGCAACAAAUCUGUUCUUCGUUCUUGACGACUUAGUGGCUCUCACGGGAAUUAUCUACUUGCUAUUAACAGAGAUUUUGUGUACUUUUAAAAUUUACUACAUUGCCAAAAACAUGUCCAUGGUGAAAACAGUGAUGACAAUGUUAAACGAUGACUUGUUUCAACCACGAGAUAUAAAUCAGGUUGUCAUGGUUCAACCAAAUUUGGACCUUUGGAAGACCACCUACAAAGUGUUUAUGAUCAUGUCUGUCGGUGGUAACUUAUUUUGGGCAGCUUUUCCCUUACUUGAUAAAGAAAAAAAUAGGUUACCAUUUUUGGCUUGGUAUCCAUACGACACGAACAUUUCGCCUUUUUAUGAAAUAACUUACAUCCAUCAAGUGCUGACCUACACUUAUGUUUGUUUUACUCAUAUCAACAUUGAUACUUUGAUAGCUGCCUUCAAUAUGUACAUUUCUUGUCAGUUUGAUAUUUUGUGUGAUAACUUGAGGAAACUUCACUUUGGUGACAACGUGAAAGCUAAUUUGGUUAAGUGUAUCAAACACCAUUGGCUGAUUUUAAGGUUUGCUGAAAAGGCCAACCAGUUUUUUGAGUCGAUCAUUCUGAUACAAUUUUUUAUUAGUGUUGUCAUAGUAGGAGUAACUCUAUUCCAGAUAACUAUUGUUGUACCCUUCUCAACGGAAUUUUUGUUUAUUGCAGCUUACGGAGUAGCAAUAGUGACGCAAAUUUUUAUGUAUUGUUGGUUUGGCAACGAAGUGCAAGUGAAGACACCUCUUAAAAUGUCAGCACUAAAUGUUUUUUACUUAUCUUUGGAAUCUUUUAUGUCGAUUCUUCGAACUUCUUGGUCCUAUUUUACGUUACUCCAACAAAUGAGUUCUAGGAAAUAA